UAUGCUGGGCCCACGCCAUCGUUGAUCGUGGGUCUGCGACUGGGCGGCAAGAAGGCCGCAGUGUUUGGUGAGGGCGCCAGGCAGGGCCAGGUCGUGCUGUACACGGCGGGCAGCAUGCCUGCGGCGCUGGGUAAGUGGGCUGAGGCCGGUCGCAUCACCCUAGUAGCAUUCGUGGCCGAUGCUGACGCUGCAACGGCAGCAGCGGUUGCGCAGGAUGCACACUCAGCCGGCGUGCCGGUUAACGUGGCAGGCAGCGCAACGCUGAGCGACUUUGCCUUGCUGCCGACGUACCGCGGUGCGGCAGGCCUGCAGGUGGCAGUGACAACAAACGGAGUUGCGCCGCGUGUUGCGCAGAGGCUGCUCAAGGAGAUCGUCGGGCAUCUGCCGGCAGACCUUGAGCCGCAGCUCGGCGAGGUGCGCAGCGGCGCCGAGGCUGAACGUGAGCGACAGGCGGCAGUGGCCAAGCUGGAGGCCAGUGGUGCUGAGGGCAUUAGCGUCGAGGCGACGGCUGCAAACACACCCGCGCCCGAGUCUGUGGGCUCGGCGGCGGACCACGAUGAGCCGCUGGUGGACCUCGGCGCGUUGCGCAGCGGCAGCUCGACCGAGGCCGACGUGCAGAGCGUGGCCGCGUACGCUGCGCACGCGCUGAGCGACCUGUGCUUUGUGUAUGCGGCGCGCGAGCAGACGCUGGGUGCAGCGGCACUGGCUUGGUCGCGGCGCGCAGAGAAGAACGCGUUCGGCGGAUGGGUGUCGGCGCUGCGCAUGCAGACACGCGCCGGCGCUGGCCACGCGCUGUGGGGUGCGCUCGCGUCGGGUGCUCGCGUGGCUGCAAUUGCCUCGGCCGAGUCGCUGCCGCUGAUGGCACCGGUGCUGGCCGAGCUUGCGGCUCUGCGCCAGCCGCUGUCCCUGGACGCUGCUGGCGAAGCACACGCCGAUUACGCCGACGCACUGGCUGCUCUGCAGACCGGCGCUUUGGUGCUGGCGUCGGCCACGCCGCAGGAGGCCCACGACGUUGGCGUCGUUGCGCACGCCGUUGCUGCCGCUGCUGCAGUGCCGGUUGUGCAUGUUGCCAGCGCCGGCAAUAGAGUUGAGUCGGUGCGCGCCAUUGGCCAUGCUCAGCUUGCGCAGUUUGUCGCGGCUGUCGCAGCCGAGUGCAGCGGGCUUGCUGUGGCUGACGCCGUCGACGCUGCCUUUGCGCGCUUCCGGAGCGACUUUGGCCGCACGUACGCGCGCUUUGAGUACAGCGGCAGCGCCAACGCUGAGACGGUCUUUGUUGCUCUGGGGAAGCCGGCCGCCGCUGCCGUUCUGGCGCUGCCAUCUCUGCUGCGCGAUGCUGCCGCAACAGGUGUCCUGAGCGUGCGCGCGCUGCGCCCGUGGGCCGCCGAGGACCUGGUUGCCAGGAUCCCGGCGACUGCGCGCCGCAUUGUCGUGCUGGGAUGUGCGCGCGACGCAACUGCUGACGCGCUGCGUGCCGACGUGGCGCUGGCUGUGCUUGUCGGGCGCCCUGCCGCGGCAGUCCGCGUGGGCGGCGCCGAUGUCUUUGGUGCCAGCAGCACUGGUAUUGCUGCCGCGAUGCGCGAGACGCUGGGGGCAGGCCGAGAGACGAUCGAGGAGACGCUUGAGGAUGCGCCCAAAGACGCGCCCGAGCUCAACACCGUUGCCGACCCGCUUGACAUUGUGCGCCGCUUGGCGUUCCCCGAGGCGUUCGACACGCAGCUGAGCGCGCGGCCCGGAGAGCGCACAUUCAGUGCGGGUUACCGCAUGACGCCGGACUCGUACGACCGCAACAUCUUCCACAUUGAGUUCGACACGCGCGGCACCGACCUGCGCUACGAGAUUGGCGACGCGCUGGGCGUCUUCGGCUGCAACGACGUCGAGUCUGUCGACGCGUUCUGCACGGCCUACAGGCUUGACGCUGACGCUGUUGUCACGGCUGCGCGUGACGGCGAGCAGCGCCACACGCGCUCGGUGCGCGGCUGGCUGACGAAUGCGCUGGAUCUGUUUGGACGGCCCAGCAAGGGCUUCUACACCGCGCUGGCCGACUUUGCCGUCGAUGCCGCAGAGGCUGAGAAGCUGCGCUGGCUGACGACAGCCGACGGUGCCAUUGAGUUCCGCGACCGCGUGGCUGACACCGUCACGUACGCCGACUUGCUCCUGGAGUUUGCGUCGGCACGGCCCAGCUUCCUGCGUCUGGUCGACCUGAUCGCGCCCAUCAAGCCGCGCCACUACUCGAUUGCGUCGUCGGCCAAGAUGCACCCCGGCAGCGUGCACCUGUGCGUCGUCGCUGUCGAGUGGCGCGACUCGCGUGGCCAUGCCCGCACCGGCCAGUGCACGCGCUUCCUCAACACGCUGCGUGUUGGCGACGCGGUCGUCGUCUCUCUGCCACCUCUUGACUCGCAGCCCGUCAUCAUGGCUGGUCUCGGAACCGGCAUGGCGCCCUUCCGCGCGUUUAUCGAGGAGCGUGCCGUGCGCAAGAUGCAGGGCGCCGACGUCGGCUCCAUGACGUUGUACUUUGGCUCGCGCCACCGCGCCAUGGAGUAUCUGUAUGGCGAGGAGUUCGAGGCCUACCAUGCCGACGGGCUUCUGACCAACCUGCGCCUGGCCUUCUCGCGUGACCAGAAGGAGAAGGUCUAUAUCCAGCACCACAUGCGCCAGGACACUGAGAUUCUGGCCUCGCAGAUGCUGGUUGAGGAUGGCUCCUUCUACCUGUGCGGCCCCACCUGGCCCACUGGCGACGUCAAGGACGCCAUGGUCAACGCCUUCACUACUAUGGGCGGCGUCAAGCCCGGCGACGCAAACAAGGUCAUUGAGGAGUUGAAGGAGAGUGAGCGGUACAUCCUGGAGGUGUACUGAUUGACUUUGACAGGGACGAGGACUGUCAUUGAACCGUCUUUUCUCUCGAGUCUGGGGCCACUUGUGCACGUGCGUCAUCCCAAUAUGCCAAUACAGGCCACUAUAGUUUUUAUUUUAACUGUGUAAAACUUUUUAAAUACAAUAACGCAACUUAGCCAAACUCGCCCAC